AUGUCGUUCGCCUGUGGGACUUGCUGGCAGACUUGGCCAGCGUGGAGAUCCCGAGAUCAGCAUGUCGCUGCCAAGUUCCACAAGGUGCCCGAUUUCGAAUGCGAUACAUGCCACCGCUAUUUCGACAGACAAACAGCCGUGGAACAGCACAUGAACACCCUUGGUCACUGGGCGGAGUCUUCAUCAACUAGCUCGGAUGGAUCAGAGUAUGACUGCUACUAUAAUGGGUGCACCGAAUGCUUUAAUAGCGAACAAGAACUUGAGGAUCACGAAGUGCAUGAACACUACUACUGCAGUUCGUGCGACCGAGAAUUUCACGACGCAAAUAACAUUGAAAUGCACCGCAAGAGCAAGCAGCAUCUUGGCAAGAAUCAACAUUGUUAUUUCUGUGGGAAACCGUACGUGACAGCGGCGGGCAUUUUCUAUCAUCUAGAGCGGGGGAAAUGUCCCAAAGCCCCACUAGAUCGGAUGAAGGUCUACGAGGCCAUCAAGCGGAGAGACCCGAAUGGGCUGAUCACUGAGAGACUGCGUCAGUGGUCUGCUAGCAGUCUGGAAGCUACAGCAGCGUCCUGGAACCCUAGCAGUGAGACUUUCAACUGUCCUCUCUGCGACAGGUCCUUCAAACGCCUCGACUCCCUAAACCAGCACCUUCAGUCGCCUAAGCAUCAGAAGAAAUUCUACCAUUGCCCACAUCAACGUUGCCAGCACGAGUUUAGCGAGUUUGCCGCUCUUACGGAACAUUUGCAAAGCGAAAGCUGCAACUACAUCACCUUCGAGGCUGUGCAGGAAACGGCGAAGCGUAUCUUCGACCCUGGCCGCAUGAUUGCGUUUUAG